AUGCGCUGGUUGUCCGCCUUCCUUGCCCUGGGCUUAACAGGUGCAUUGCAAGCAACUGCACUAGAUGCUACGAUCUUCACGUUUCCUUCCAAGGCUGUAACCUCUUCAACUAUUAAUUCCCAACAACAAACAAUAUCAGAAGAUGAGGCCCAGCUUGUCUUGGAGCUUCGCAUGAAGUCCUCUGUGGCAUCGGUCCUUGGAACUGUGAAUGCAGACACUGUGAAUCACUUGAAUCAAUUUGCUCAAGAUGACUUCACUCUAUUUGGGGGAGCUAAGGGGGUUGCUCCCAAGAAGAGCAUAUUUAUUUUGGAAGGGAUCGACCAGGAAGCUGCCCUAGCCAUGCAAAAAGUCCAACCAAGCUACCUUCGUAUUCCUCAAAUUUCUUCGUCAUUUAUCGGAUCUGAUCUCCUGGAAUCAUUUAUCGAAAGCAGCCCCACUGCGAAAGAGAACCGCGGACAAUCCUGUACAUACUUCAACGACGCUAGCAGGGCUACAUCAUCCACAUCCCAGACUCCCAAAGAAUGUCUAUCCAAGGACCCCAUGUUGGCCGAUGAGUCUGAUUUGCUUGCCCGGGACUUCCUUGCACUGGUUAAUUCAGUGGAAUCUUGGAUCAGCAAGGAUCACAAGGAUUCAGCUUUGAAGUUGUCCUUUAAGAAAGUCUCUGGUGAUUCCACCAAGCCCCUUGAGGCAUUGCUUCUUCACCUAGCCGAAAUAUCAACGACCAGCAACCGGGAAAUCACUACCAUCGUUCUACCCCCCGGUAUUAAAUCAGGAGGACUCAGCCCGCGGAUCGCGAAGCGAUCAUCGGUACCAGUCACUGCCGAACACAAUGCCUUCAAGAGAUCCACCCCGAAUUCUGCGCUCCCGCUGCACUCAACUCUAGCGCCUGUCUGCCAUUCUUCAAACUCCUCGUGUGCCGAGGCUACCAAUGACUGUUCCGGACACGGUUCCUGCUACCUGAAAUACGGCUCUGGUUCUGAUGCAACUGCAGGCAAUUGCUAUGCAUGCAAAUGCAAGCAAACUGUUGUUCAGAAUAGCGACGGCAGCAAAAAGACAGUUCAGUGGGGUGGGGCGGCUUGCCAGAAGAGAGACAUCAGCUCACCUUUCUUCCUUGUCGCAGGCGUCAGUGUGCUUGCUAUCAUUCUCGUUGGUAGUGCGAUUGGAAUGCUUUUCAGCAUGGGCUCACAGGAGCUACCCAGUGUCAUCAGUGCUGGUGUAGGAGGUCCUAAGUCUCAGAUGUGA